ACUCAGAGCGCAUCGAUCGGGCAGAGGAUGGCCCGAGCGGCAGCGGAGUGCCGACUUCGAGCGGCGAGGCGGCGGUUCAGAGCCGCGCGUCAGGGGGUGCCGCUCUUCUCUUCCCACCACGACGACCUAAUCAAGCCGCCUCGUGUUCGCCCAGCAUGUACGCCGUAGCCGACUUCUGUCUCAUCCCGAUGAACACGCCGACGCCGAGCGUCGGCGCUUACAUCGCGGCGUGCCAGCGCGUGCUGGAGCGGUAUGCGAAGCAGGACGGCUUCAACGGGUACGGCACGAACCUCGAGGGCUCAUUCAGCGUCGUCUGCCGCGCGAUCGAGGAGUGCCACGAGGCCGUGCACGCCAUGGGAUGCCCACGCAUCGCGACGGACAUUCGCAUCGGCACGCGCACCGACAAGCCAGCGCCCGGUGCGGCGGCCAGCGAGGGAGAGACACAGGGAGAGGAGUGGGAGAAGGGCCUGGGCGAGAAUGAGCGCAAGCGCGAGAGCGUCAGACGACGGCUCGCACAGGAGUGAGGGAGGAAUGGUCAUUGAUGAGUCUUCGAGAGAGAUACGAGAGGGACGAGAUAAUCGAGAGUAAACAGGAGAGCACGACGAGCUGGCGGAC